CAUCUGACACCGAUGUGGCUGAAAGCUGCGGCUGCCACUGCCCUUCUCUCUAUCUGUGCUUAUUAUAAGACCAUUUUCUAUAAAGUUGGAGAUACAGAAGAGGACAGGUCGGUUAUAGGCUCCCUUACUAGAAACUUAUGCUGUUAACCAGUUUGAUUUGUCGAAGGCUCUCCAGUAUGUCCUCUCCUUUUCCCCGUCACAUCAUCUGGGAGUCGGAGGGGCUGCUGGCCCACCUGCACCCUCGGCCCUGGACUCCAGGCUCCGUCAUUCUGGAGAGCAGCACUCCUGGGAGACCUGGGGGAAGCAUCUUCCACCUGGAGGAGCCGGAGUACCUGUCCUGGCUCCUGGGGGCCAGAGCUGUGGCAGAGCUGCUGUGUGACAGGCUGGGGGUCCGGAGGUGUGCACUGGUCAGCAGACCCCACGCAGACACACCUGCUCAGAUCCGUAUCCUCCCCCUUCAUGGUUUGGAUGAAGAGUGGCGUCCUCACCUUGCUGGAGACGAGGAGCACAACGCCCAUGACCCGGGAUACUGCACUUCCAAGACUGCCCCUCGAUGGAACGACUCCGCCCUGACUGACAUCCAGAUGAAGAUUAGAGCCAAGCUCCCGUCCCCCGAUGCUCCACCUGAUAUGACGUUCCUCGGGGACGAUCCGGCUCACCCAUGCCUGUUCUCGCGCAUUGUUCGUGGAGAGCUGCAGCAGUGGCGGGUGUGGGAGGAUGAAAGCCACGUGGCCUUCCUCACUCCUUUUCCCAACUCCCCAGGUUUCACUGUGGUGGUCCCUCGCCGCCCCCUGUCAUCUGAUAUAUUCAGACUAGAAAAAAAAGAGUACGAAGAGCUGGUGCUGGCCACCAAGAAGGUGUCGCGCCUCCUCGAGGAAGGAGCGGGUGCCUGCGGGGUGGGACUUAUAUUUGAGGGGUUUGAAAUCGACUAUGCUCAUGCCAAGUUGAUACCACUGUUUCCGCUUAUGUCAGGAGCAGAAGAGAACGUCACUAAACCUUCAUCUCCACAGUUUUACCCCACUUACCCUGGAUAUGUCACCUCAGAGGACGGACCUGAGGCGAGCUUAGAAAGCCUGAAGAAGCUGCGCGCUAAAAUGACUAAUGAUUAAGGGAGCAAAUGUCUUUUUUAACGCUCCUCAGUAUUCUCUUGGACUAAUAAUUACUGUGAUAAAUGUUUGCUUUGCACAAAAAAGGUGUUAGAGGAGACAAAGUGAUUAACCUUUCAUUAAAAAUAACAUUUUAGUUUUUUAAGACAACCAUUAAAGUCAAAAAGCAUUUUUUUGAUUAAAGUCUGCUGAAUCCUGUCUGAUCUGUCUUUUACAAACUGCUUGGAUAACCAUUUAUACAUUUAUUAGCAAAUAAAGAGACUCAAACGCAUGUGUAGUUUUAUUAAGCUACAAAAAUAUUUGUGCAAAGUUCACACCUUCCUGCUAAUUUUACACUAAAAGUUCAUAACUUUUAAAGUGGCACCAUUAACAUAUCAUUAAACAUGAUAAAAAGCAUAGGUGGCAGUUGUUAUGUCAUUUCACUGUUCCCUUAUUAAGAACUCUGCAGUAUGUAUUUGUCAUCUUGCCUAAUCUACACACCUACAUGUACUCGCUGCACCACAAAUUGGUCCCAGUGUGCAUUCCUGGUCGUGAACUGAAAUUAUUUGCCAAUUGCUUUAUCAGUGCUGUGUAAAGCGGGUACCACCUGAGGCUAUAAUGAAAGUGAAAUACAUGUUAUAAAGCAGUGAGUGUCAGCUAUUCCUGGGCUGCAAGAGAAGAAUUAAAAAAGAAAAAAGAAAAAGACACCUCUUUGAAGACAAAUCUGCCCUUAUUUGAAAAGUCAUGAACAUUCUAAACGUGUAUUUUCAAUUAUUAGUUUGGUUAAUUACUAGCCUUGUUUCACACAAUACCACUAACUGCUGGUUACAAGUGAAAAUAGAAAAUAACAAGACACUUUCUAUGGAGAGUGAAUAUCUUUUUAAACUUUAAACUACAAAACACAUCUG